AUGGAUAAAAAAACAAUUGAGAAGAGUGAUGUUAAUUCCACACAGCCAACAGGGGCAAACACAUUCAAUGAUCAAAUGUCAGGUAUUAUAUUAAUGGAAAGACCCAAUGUGUCCUGGGAUAAUGUUGCAGGAUUAGAUUCAGCAAAAAAGACAUUGAUAGAAGGUGUUAUUUUACCUCUCAAAUAUCCAGAUUUGUUUUCCGGAAGACACCGACGUCCUUGGAAUGGUAUUCUGCUGUAUGGUCCACCAGGUACUGGUAAAUCCGAUCUCAUUCAAGCAUUAGCUACUGAGGCUACCAAUACGUCCUUCUUUUAUGUGUCGUCACGCAAGAUAUCAUCUAAAUGGUCAGACGGUGAAAAAAUACUUCAAACAUUAUUUACUACAGCAAGAGAACACACAAAUAGUAUAAUCUUUAUUGAUGAAGUAGAUGCUUUAAGUGGGACUUGUAGUGAAUAUGAAUCAUUACGGAGAAUAAAAACAGAAUUCCUAAUCCAGAUGAGUGGUGAAAAUAGAAACGUGCAGGUAUUAGGAGCAACACAUACACCCUGGAUGAUAGACGCGUCUAUUCGGAAAAGAUUCGAGAAGCGAAUAAACAUCACGUUACCAGAAGCCUCGGUCAGAACAGAAAUAUUUAAAAUACAAUUAGGCAAUGCUGUUCACUCUCUAUCAGAGGAAGACUUCACAGAAUUAGGAAAAAGAACGAAUGGAUUUUCUGGAUAUGACAUAUCAGUCGUUGUGAAAGAGGCUUUGAUGAAACCUGUUAGAAAAGUACAGACAGCAACGCAUUUCAGAAAGGCUGAAGAGGCAUGUAAUGAAAACCCUUCGGCAAGCGAUACAGUGGAUGACCUUUUUAUCCCAUGUUCUUCUAAAGCGAUAGGAGCUAUUGAGAUGAGCUGGGUAGAUGUGCCUAAAGACAAAUUGUUUGAGACCAACGUAUCCAUGGUGAGUUCAUUUCAAGGGUGAUAUAUAUAUAUCAACAAGUAGUCUAGCUGAACAUAUUUUUAUAAAUAUAC